AUGUGACUGCGCACGGGAGGAGUACAGCGAGGUUCCGCGGGGCUCUUCCUCUCCGAGUCGGCUGGAUGAUGGGAGCGGACAGGCGAGGGGUCGUGUUGGCCACUUGGGUUGCUUUGCUUCUCUGUGUUCAUGCUCCGGUGUGCGCAAUAGAAGAGACAGUGAUGGAUACAAGGACAGCGACAGCUGAGCUUGGCUGGAUAUCAUUUCCUGCCAAUGGAUGGGAGGAGGUGAGUGGCUACGACGAGAACCUUAACACCAUCAGGACGUACCAGGUGUGCAACGUGUUCGAGCCGAGCCAGAACAACUGGCUGCUUACCACUUACAUCGACCGACGGGCAGCGCAGCGCAUCUAUGUAGAGAUUCGCUUCACCGUACGGGAUUGUGCUUCUAUCCCAAGUGUCCUGGGCUCCUGCAAAGAGACUUUUAACCUCUACUACCUAGAAACUGAUAGGACUUUGUCAGAAGGCAUCAAAGGUGUGGAGUAUUGGGCUAAUGCCCCCUUUCUAAAGGUGGACACCAUUGCAGCAGAUGAGAGUUUCUCUCAGGUGGAUUUUGGGGGCAGAUUAAUGAAGGUGAACACAGAAGUGAGAAGCUUUGGGCCUCUUUCUAAAGGCAGAGGGUUCCACUUGGCUUUCCAGGAUCUGGGUGCCUGCAUGUCCCUUCUGGCUGUUAGAGUUUUCUACAAGAAAUGUCCCAUGAUCGUGCAAAACUUUGCUUUUUUUCCGGAGACUCUGACAGGAGCUGAGUCCACCUCGUUGGUUAUCGCCCGAGGAAGCUGCAUCCCGAAUGCAGAGGAGGUAGACGUUCCCAUAAAGCUCUACUGUAACGGAGAUGGAGAAUGGAUGGUGCCCAUCGGCAGCUGCAGCUGCAAGGCAGGCUACGAACCGGACAAUAGCAACGUGUGUCGAGCUUGUCCUCAGGGCACCUUUAAGUCAUCCCAAGGGCCAGGAUUAUGUCAGCAGUGUCCGCUCAACAGUCGCUCCACCAUCGAGGCUGCCACCCUCUGCGGUUGUCGGAACGGAUAUUACCGCGGGGACAUGGACACACCAGAGGACGUGUGCACCAGUGUUCCCUCAGCUCCUCGUAAUGUGGUCUCAGUGGUGAACCAGACAUCUGUGCUCCUGGAGUGGAACCCACCUCGUGAUACCGGGCACCGUGACGACUUGUCUUAUAACGUCAUCUGCCGCCGAUGCCACAUCAGUGAGCGGCGGGCAUGCCAGCCAUGUGAUGACAGUGUGGUGUUUACUCCGGGAAAGGAGGCACUAAAGGGAACUAGGGUUGAGAUCAGCAAGCUGCGGGCUCACGCAUCAUACACUUUCGACAUCCAGGCGGUCAACGGAGUGUCCAAUAAUAGUCCUUAUCCCGCCCAGCAGCUGUCAAUCAACAUUACAACCAAUCAAGCAGCUCCCUCGGUAGUUCCCAUAAUGCACCAAGUAAGCUCAACAAGCCGUAGCUUCUCGUUGUCAUGGCCACCGCCCGAACAGCCCAACGGGAUCAUCCUUGACUACGAGAUUAGAUACUACGACAAGUUCCAGGCAUCAGUGCUGAACAGUUCAGCGGUCCAGAGCGAUAUACCUAAUGUGAUUCUGGAGGGUCUCAGGCCUGGGACUGGCUAUGUGGUCCAGGUGAGGGCCCGCACUGUGGCUGGCUAUGGAGCCUACAGCAAGGAAAUGCUUUUCCAAACUCUCACUGACGAUGAAUAUAAAUCAGAGCUUGGACAACAGCUCUCCUUGAUCGCAGGCUCUUUAGUAGGUGGAGUGUGUAUCGUCUCAUUGGUAGCUAUAGCCAUCAUCUGUACCAGAAGGAGGCAACUGAAGGAGAGCGUGUUCGGGGACAAGCUGCAGCAGUACAACACAGGAGGAGAAGUAACUCUAAGACCAGACAUGUUCAGUGGUUCCACCCCCACAGUGACCUUUCCCACCCUGUCUGAGGGCCGGAGUUCACCAGGGGUCAAGAUCUAUAUUGACCCUUUUACCUAUGAAGACCCCAAUGAGGCAGUCCGGGAAUUCGCCAAAGAAAUUGACCCCUCUUGUGUCAAAAUCGAGGAAGUUAUUGGAUCAGGCGAGUUUGGGGAAGUGUACAAAGGUCGCCUGAAACCUGUUGGGAAAAAGGAAAUUCCUGUGGCCAUCAAGACCUUAAAGGUGGGCUACUCUGAGAGGCAGAGGAGAGACUUCCUGGCUGAAGCAUCAAUCAUGGGUCAGUUUGACCAGCCCAACAUCAUCAGGCUGGAGGGAGUGGUCACCAAGAGCAGGCCUACAAUGAUCAUCACAGAGUUUAUGGAGAAUGGAGCCCUCGACUCAUUUCUCAGGCAAAAUGACGGGCAGUUCCCAGUAAUCCAGCUGGUUGGGAUGCUGAGGGGCAUCGCAUCUGGAAUGAGGUACCUGGCGGAGAUGAGUUAUGUUCACCGGGACCUAGCUGCGAGAAACAUUUUGGUUAACAGUAAUCUGGUGUGUAAAGUGUCCGACUUCGGCUUGUCGCGUUAUCUGGAAGAGGAUACCUCCGAUCCCACCUACACCAGCUCACUGGGAGGUAAAAUCCCGGUGCGUUGGACGGCUCCAGAGGCGAUCGCCUACAGGAAAUUCACUUCCGCUUCAGAUGUCUGGAGUUAUGGGAUCGUCACCUGGGAGGUGAUGGCUUACGGAGAGAGACCUUACUGGGACAUGAGCAACCAAGAUGUGAUAAAUGCCAUAGAGCAGGACUUCAGACUUCCAGCUCCCAUGGACUGUCCUGUAGUGCUGCACCAACUGAUGCUGGACUGUUGGCAGAAAGACAGGAAUGCGCGGCCAAAGUUCCCAGAUAUCGUCAGCAUGCUGGACAAAAUGAUCCGCAACCCUGCAUCUCUCAAAGCCGGCAUCAACAACAUUCCCCCUGGUCCUUCACAUCAUCAUCCUUUGUUAGACCGGGCAGCUCCAGACCUGAGUAGGGUGAGCUCAGUGGAAGACUGGCUGGCUGCGCUGAAGAUGACCCAAUAUAGAGACUCUUUUAUUGGCUCGGGAUUCACCUCUUUGCCGCUUGUCACAGAAAUCACAGCUGAAGAUCUGCAGAGGAUUGGAGUGUCUCUUGCCGGACACCAGAAGAAAAUCCUGACAAGCGUCCAGUCAAUGAGGCACCACGGUGAUGACCAGUCUCCUACUGAAUCUGUGUAGCCACACGGAGACGUGACACUGCAUGAAAAUGUGACCAGUGUGAUGGAAUGGGUUGUUCUUCCACACUUCUAUUUGAGCCACUGAAACCUACGUUUACCAGUUCUGAAGAUCUUGAUCAUUUCCUUUCAUGACCAUUUUGGUUGUUUUAAUGACCGACUGGAUCUGUCUUGGACAUAUUCUUCAUGGCAUCCAUCCACUAAAAUUGGAACAUCUCUUGAAAUUUAAUAUACCAGGAUUAUUUGCUAUAAAAACUGGAAAAAGAAAAAAAACUACACUGUGGGAAAUAAAAGCAAAUUUCUGACCUUAAUGGACAAAAAAAUCACCAAAACCCUGCUUACAAGAUUUGAUUUCAAACACUGCGCUGACAGAUGAAUGGAAGACGAUGUGUUUUUGAAUAAACCGAACACACUCCAGUGAAGAAGAAAGUGACAGAGCAGACAAUCGUAUGAAUGAUCAAACUGGACCAAAUGUUGGACCAAAAAAAAAAAAAAGUUUCU